ACAUUGGGCGUCUGGGUCCGCGGCCUCGCGGCGGGGGCGUCGGGCGGGCAGCGGCGUACGAGCCGGGCGAGGUGCCCACCAAGAGCUACAGGGCGCUGACCAAGAUAGGCGUGCGGAUAGGCCCCGACUGGACAACGCCCGGCUCGCGAGCACCAAGGAUCCGAGGGAGAUGGCGAAGAUCAGGAGCGGGGAGUGGACCACCGCCAUCGAGGAGAAGCAGGUGUUCGAGGUGGUGGACGAAUGUUCUACGAGGUCGGCGGGCGUGUCCAGCAGACAUAUCUGA